UCUGUCUCGUUUUGCCUUCCAGAAAUUCAGAGCGUUGGCUCCAGAGGCGGAUCCGCUCCCAACCCCAGUACCUCCUUAUUCAGAGCUGAUAUUUCCGUAAGUCAUCCUCUGAGACCUCUCCUUGAAGCUUCCCUCAAUUCAAUUCUUCAAGCGGUCUCCCCCAGGACCCUUCAGUCCUAUCUAACAGCCUGGAAAUGUUUUAAAACAUUUCACUCCGCUUACAAUCUGCUGUUUCCCGACUUUUCCCUGCUCUCCAUCACCUCCUUCAUCUCCCACCUUAACAUUAACAAAAACCUCCAAAUUGGCUCCAUUAAAGGUUAUCUAAGUGGAGUUCAAUUUUUCCACAAACUCAUAUAUGGUUCCCCUUCUCCCCAAAUAGCCAAUCCACAGACCUCCCUACUCAUCAAAGGCAUCCAAAAAACUCAUCCCACCCGCCCGGACACCAGGCAACCUAUAACCUUAAGGAUUCUAACCGAAUGUAUCUCCACCCUCCGCAGAGGUUACCAUUCCAUCCACACCGCCCGUACACUCGACGCCAUGUUUAUCCUAGCUUUCUUCGGUUUUCUCAGAUGCUCCGAGCUCGCCAUUACAUCUAGCUUUAACCCAAUCAUUCACCCCACCAUUUCUGAUCUAGCGGUGCUGGAUGAUGAAACCAUCUCUUACUUCAUUAAACAGAGCAAGACAGACCAGUCAAAGAAAGGCCACUUCAUUUACAUUUUCAACCUCCAAUCACCCAUACUACCAUACCAAGCCCUCCUAGCCUUCCUCCAGCUCAGGAAAUCACAGUCCAAACUCCCUUCCGACCCCCUUUUUACAGACAACUCCAACCGCCCCGUCACUCGUUUCUGGUUCCAAAAACACCUUAAAUCAGUUCUGCUCCUAUCCGGUACCCCAGCCACAAACUUUUCCAGCCAUUCGUUCCGAAUAGGUGCAGCAACCACAGCAGCCCAUAAAGGCCUCUCCCAGCAGCAGAUACAAGCUCUCGGUCGCUGGUCAUCAGAAGCUUUCAAGAGCUACAUUCGAUCGGACCGCUCCCAUAUCAAGGAAGCCCACCGAACCCUAAUCGGUCAACCCCCUUAA